UCCAGUCAGACGCCAUCAUCUCCUCGCUCACAUGGCCUAUGCGGCGGCUCUCCUAUUGCUGAGAGGCGCCCCUCUCCUCCGCGCCCGCAUCCCGCGCGCGGCCUUCCCGCGUCGCUUCUCCGCCUCCGGCCUAUCCGCCGCCGACGAGCCCCAGUCACCGGAGACCGCCGCGUCGGCGUGCGAGAGCAUUCCCGUCACCGCCAAGGGGCCGCCUCCGCCGCCGCCGUCCAAGCAAUGGGCCGACCAGCCCGAGUACAGGAGGUGGAAGGAUAGACAAGAGGAGAUCCUCAAAGACAUCGAGCCCAUCACCAUCCUCACCAAGGAGAUACUCCACUCCGACAGAUACAGGGAUGGGGAACGUUUAGAUGCUGAAGAUGAGAAGGCAAUCGUUGAAAAACUUCUUCCAUAUCAUCCACAUUCAGAAGAUAAAAUUGGUUGUGGCCUUGAUUCUAUAAUGGUUGAUCGACAUCCACAAUUCAGAAAUUCAAGAUGCCUGUUCGUUGUAAGAACUGAUGGUGUCUGGAUAGAUUUUUCCUACCAGAAGUGUCUUCGAGCAUAUAUUCGAGAAAAGUACCCAUCUCAUGCAGAAAGGUUCAUCCGAGAACAUUUCAAACGUGGCUGAGGAUUUUACGUACCUUGUCAUUUAUAUAUUUUGCUCGUCCAACCACGCAAGAUUCUCACUGGUUAUUGGCAUGGAGGACAGGUCAAGUUAUUGGUCUCAUUCCAGUUUUGCAUAGUGCUUGUUGCUUCUGAAUUCAGUUGCUGUUUUGUUCCAGCGACCUAGAAAACUUAUUUAGCAGCUGCAGCUCGGACCAAUGUAAUGAAAUGAAAUAUGUUAGAUGAUCUUUUUUAAUGUGUUCCCCGCUUAAAUGCUUCUCUUGAAAAAAUCGUAGGGUCACACAUUAUUCUUGUUGUAAAAGUUCGUGACAUUGCUGAUCUGAGGCAAAAAAUAAUUUUUACUGUACUGCAGCCUGAAGUUUGGUACUGAAGCUCGAUGAAUCUGAUUAGUUGCUGUCUGAGCACCUUGAUA